AUGUUCCCUUGUGGUCCCAGGAUCCCCUGGGAAGGAAGCGGCCAGGCCGCGAGGCGCCCGGUGGGCGUGGAGGUGGGCGGCGUCCGACGUCCCCACGUGUCCCGGAGAGGAGAGGCAGGCGACCCUGUGAGGGCCCAGCGGGGAAGUCACCGCCUCAGGAUGUUGGUGAUCCUCAAGGUCUCUGAGAUGCCGUCUCUUCCCCUCGCGAUCCUGCGGGGCGUGCCUCUAAGGAAGAAAACCCUCUACAAAAGUGCGUGCCUGGCUCUGGCCCUCCUUGUGGCUGUCACCCUAUUCCAGCGCAGUGUGACCCCUGGCCAAUUUCUGCAGGAUCCUCUACCACCCACGCCGGGGCCACCCAAAACUGGAAAUGUGGUCAACCCCAACAGCUUCUGGAAGAGUUCAAAAGAUGUAGUGGCUCUCACCCCCUCAGCCCCUAGGGGACCCCAGGCCUGGGAUGUGAUUACCACUAAUUGUUCAGUCAACAUCAACAUGACCCAUCAGCCCUGGUUCCAUAGUCUUGAGCCACAUUUCCGGCAGUUUCUAUCCUAUCGCCAUUGCCGCUAUUUUCCCAUGUUGCUGAACCACCCGGAGAAGUGUGAAGGUGACGUCUAUCUGUUGGUGGUCGUCAAGUCAAUCAUAACACAGCACGACCGCCGUGAGGUCAUCCGACAGACCUGGGGACGUGAGUGGGAGUCAGCAGGGCAGGGCAGGGGUGCUGUGCGCACCCUCUUCCUGCUGGGCACAGCCUCCAAGCAAGAGGAGCGGACCCACUAUCAGCAGCUGCUGGCCUACGAGGACCGUCUCUAUGGUGACAUCCUACAGUGGGACUUCCUUGACAGCUUCUUCAACCUGACCCUCAAGGAGAUCCAUUUCCUUAAGUGGCUUGACAUUUAUUGUCCCAAUGUCCCCUUCAUCUUCAAAGGUGAUGACGAUGUCUUCGUCAACCCAACCAACCUGCUUGAGUUUCUGUCUGACCGGCAGCCCCAGGAAAACCUAUUUGUAGGUGAUGUCCUGAAGCACGCUCGGCCCAUCCGCAAAAAAGAGAACAAGUACUACAUCCCAUCCGUCAUGUACAGCAAGUCCACCUACCCGCCCUAUGCCGGCGGUGGGGGUUUCCUCAUGUCUGGGAACCUAGCUCGGCAUCUCCACCAUGCCUGUGACACACUGGAACUCUUUCCUAUCGAUGACGUUUUCCUGGGCAUGUGUUUGGAGGUGUUGGGAGUACAGCCCACAGGCCACGAGGGAUUCAAGACCUUUGGCAUCUCUCGGGUCCGAGGCAGCCGUAUGAACAAAGAACCCUGCUUCUACCGUGCCAUGCUUGUGGUGCACAAGCUGCUACCUGCUGAGCUGCUGGCCAUGUGGGAUCUGGUGCAUAGCAAUCUCACCUGUUCCCUCAAGUUCCAGGUGCUCUAA